AUGAUGAAGCUUUAUAAAUUUUUGUCAAGUGAAAAUCUGACUAAUAUAGUGCAAUUAAUUAAACUUGAUAUACCGAUCACGAUGAGCAUCAGAGCUGUGGUGACUUUUACGAAAUUUCAGCUGCUGCCGUCAGGAAGUGAGAAUUUUGUUGAAAUUCCUAACUAUAGUAUUCAGUCAAGAAAAGUAGCACAAAAGACUUUGACGUGUCCUAAAAAGAGACUGUUUUUGGCGAAUCUGGUGGUCUAA